AUGACGGACAACAACACGGUUACUACUUUGGAACGUAUUGCAAAUUUACUUCGUAUUCAUAGUAUUGAAGCAACACAAGCAUCUAAUUCAGGUCAUCCAACUAGCUGUUCCUCAAUGGCUGAAAUUACUAGUGUACUUUUCUUCAAUGUGAUGCAUUAUGAUCCAAGGGAUCCACGUAAUCCAGCUGCUGAUCGUUUUGUUCUUUCAAAAGGACAUUGUGCACCAAUUCUGUAUGCAGCCUGGGCUGAAGCUGGUGCUUUUCCUGUAGCAGACUUGAAAAAUCUACGAAAAAUUGAUUCCGAUCUCGAAGGUCAUCCAACACCGCGUUUAAAUUUUAUUGAUGUUGCAACUGGUUCAUUGGGUCAAGGUUUAGGUUUUGCAUGUGGUAUGGCAUAUGCUGGAAAAUAUUUUGAUCAUUCUGAUUAUCGAGUUUACUGUGUACUUGGCGAUGGUGAAUGUUCGGAAGGUAGUGUUUGGGAAUCAUUCGCUUUUGGUUCAUUCUAUAAACUUAAUAAUCUUUGUGCUAUUAUCGACGUUAAUCGACUUGGACAAAGUGAUCCAACGCCGUUACAACAUGACACGGAGACCUAUCGUAAACGUGUUGACGCUUUUGGAUGGCAUCCGAUUGUUGUUGAUGGACAAAAUGUCAGCCAGUUACUCGAUGCAUUUAAAGAAGCAUCAGAAACAAAAGAUAAACCAACAUGUAUUAUUGCCAAAACAUUUAAAGGUAGUGGUUUGAAAGGUAUUGAAGAUGCAUUAGAUUGGCAUGGAAAACCAUUGGGCGAUAAAGCAGCUGAAAAUGUUGCGCACUUACGAGCAUUAGUCGAUGAAGCAACAUUGGUUCGUCCUCAAAUUCCAAAAGUUACCGCUACAGUUCCCGAACUUAAAAAAGAUAAACAAAUUAAAUUAUCAUCACCACCAAAUUAUGAUGGAAAAAAAGAGAUAGCUACACGUCUUGCACACGGUACUGCUCUUGAAAAAUUAGGUAAAGGCUGUGAAUAUGCUAUUGCAUUAGAUGGCGAUACAAAAAAUUCAACUUUUUCAAUUAAAUUUCGUGAUGCGUUUCCAAACCGUUUUGUUGAAUGUUAUAUUGCUGAACAAAAUAUGGUACAAGUUGCUAUUGGCAUUGCAACUCGUCAACGUUACAUUUCAUUUGUUCACACAUUUGCAGCUUUUCUUAUACGCGCUGCUGACCAAAUUCGUAUGGGUGCCAUAUCAUUUACACGUGUGAAAUAUGUUGGUUCACAUGCCGGUGUAUCGAUUGGUGAAGAUGGCCCAUCACAAAUGGCACUCGAAGAUUUUGCCUUCUUUCGUACUGUGCCAAAUAUUGUUUGUUUUUAUCCGUCGGACGCUGUCUCAGCUGAACGUGCUGUUGAACUAGCAGCUAAUUACGAUGGAGCCGUUUAUAUUCGUACAAGUCGACCUAACUUUCAAAUUCUAUAUAAAAAUGAUGAAGUUUUCGAAAUCGGAAAAGCAAAAGUUGUUGUUGAAUCAUCAAAUGAUGUCUGCACAAUAGUUGCUGGUGGUGUUACAUUACAUGAAGCAAUAAAAGCAUCAGAAAAACUCAAAGGUCUCGGUAAAGCGGUUCGUAUUGUUGAUCUUUUUACAGUGAAACCAAUCGAUCGGGACACAAUUCUCAAAGCAGCCAAUGCAACACAAAAUCGACUUCUCAUUGUUGAAGAUCAUUAUAGUGAAGGUGGUCUCGGUGAAGCUGUCAUGGCAGCAUUAGCUGAUCAAACCAACAUUAAAAUUGCUCAUUUAGCAGUACUUGAAGUUGCACGUAGUGGUAAACCAGCUGAGUUAUUAAGCAAAUAUGGUAUUGAUGCCGAGCAUAUUGCCAAUGCUGUCGAAAAACUUCUUUAG